CAGAUGUCCUAAAGUCAAACCUAUCUAUUUAUAUCCCACCUGCCUUCUCUCUCUCUCUCCAAAACUCUGUUUCUCUUGAACAAAAAAAUUAACGAAAAACCCAAUGACCACUGGAAGGGAAAUUCUGCACAAGAUGAAGGUGAAGGCAGGAUUUUUUUCAUCGGCAGCGGAUGCAGGAGGGAAAGGCAAAGGCAAAGUGAUGAAUAAGAAUAGUAUAAGUCACGGGAGUUAUUUGGUUAAGGGAAAAGCUAACCAUCCAAUGGAAGAUUAUUUAGUCACCGAUUUCAAGAGAGUCAAAGAACAUGAUUUGGGUUUGUUUGCCAUUUUUGAUGGACAUUUGGGGCAUGAUGUUGCUAAUUUCUUGCAAAAUCAUCUCUUUGAUAACAUCCUCAAACAGGCUGAUUUCUGGAGCGAAACAAUAAAAGCCAUAAAAAGAGCUUACAAGAAAACAGACGAAGAAAUAUUGGAUAAAGUGAAGCAACUUGGAAAAGGAGGAUCAACGGCUGUUACUGCGAUUUUAAUCGACGGCCACAAACUUGUGGUUGCCAACGUUGGAGAUUCUAGAGCUGUUUUGUGCAAAAACGGCGUCGCUGAACAACUUUCCGUUGACCACGAACCCACUAAGGAGAAAAGAGAAAUUGAAAGCCGUGGUGGUUUUGUAUCAAAUCUUCCAGGUGAUGUGCCACGUGUCGACGGACAAUUGGCGGUAGCCAGAGCAUUUGGAGAUAAGAGCUUAAAAGUCCACCUCAGCUCAGAACCUGACGUGGAAAUCAAAACGGUUGACGAAACUACCGAGUUCAUGAUUUUGGCUAGCGACGGCAUUUGGAAGGUAAUGACAAACCGAGAGGCAGUAGAAUCAAUUAAACAUAUAAAGGAUGCGAACUUAGCGGCCAAACGACUUAUCGACGAAGCAGUGUCUAGAAAAAGCAAGGACGACAUAUCGUGCAUUGUUGUUAGGUUUCGAUGAUUUUUUUUUCCCCUUUUUUCCCUUUUUUUUUUUUAAAAAAAAAUAGAUGUUAUAUAUCAAAGUGUGGAUAAUAUGGGACGGUAAAUUUGUUUUGGCAGUGUCAAGAGUAUUUAAUAUUGAUGUAAUUACAUUUUGUAUUAUGUUGAUUAGUGUUAGUUCAUUUCUUUAGGUAAAAGUCCGUUGGACUUUAGUUUAGUAUUCAAGAUCUUUUUCAAUCCCUCUGUAAUUGUGGUUGAAACCCUAAUGUAUCCACCUCUAUAUAUCUCUCUAUAAUUCUCUC